AUGCUCUGCAGAUCCUGCCGACGCGCAAUCGCGCUCACCAAAGCUGCCCCCAGCAACUUCGCUGCCAGAGCCGCCGCCGCAAGCUCUCCGAUCGCAUCAAGAAGCUACUCUUCCUCUCCCUGUGUCCGAGCAAACACUCCUUCUACUCUCGCAUACCAAUCAUCUUACCGAUUGAGCACUCAAAUAAGCUCUAAGCGCACCUACUCCUCUGCCGCGGCCGAGUCCUCUUCGACAGCCCUCGAGAAGCCCGACCACCUCGACGACGCCGAGUCGACGAUAUGGGAUAAGCUGGUUGCUGAGUUUUCCCCCUCCGAGCUCAUCGUACAGGAUGUGUCGGGCGGCUGUGGCUCCAUGUAUGCCAUCGACAUCACCUCAACGAAGUUCAAGGGCGCCAACAUGCUCAAGCAGCAGCGGAUGGUGAACGCUGUGCUGGGCGACAUGAUGAAGCAGUGGCACGGUGUUCAGCUGCGGACCAAGGCACCUUGA